UAUAAUUGAAAAGUUGCAGAGAUACUAUUAUAAUAAGAGAGAGCUUCAUAAGGCUUUCUGCUCCUUUGUCUGAUUGCGCCUCCCUUUUUCUCUUACCCUUUCGGUUAUCGGUUGUCAUAGGUCGAUCAUGAAGUUGGUACCCGGAGCUCAAUCAGUCAGAUGCAUCUUUGUUGCCUUGUGUAGUGUCUAUGUGAUUGGGCUUUUUCAUAUAGCUGUUGCUCAAACCACUGAAGCCAAUGCUACCACUGAUCCAUCUGAAGUGAGAGUUUUGAAUUCUAUAUUUCAACAAUGGGGAAUCUCAGCAUCAAACCAAUGGAACACAAGUGGGGAACCAUGCACCGGAGCUGCCAUUGACUCAACCAGCAUUGAUAGCUCUGACUAUAAUCCCGGAAUCAAAUGUGAUUGUUCCUACGACAAUGCCUCUACUUGCCAUAUCACUCAACUGAAAGUUUAUGCAUUGGACGUCGUUGGUGUAAUCCCAGAUGAGCUAUGGAAUUUGACUUUCCUCACCAAUCUGAAUUUGGGUCAAAAUUAUUUGACAGGUCCCCUAUCUGCAUCCAUUGGCAAUCUAACAAGCAUGCAGUACUUGAGCAUGGGAAUUAAUGCACUAUCAGGGGAGCUUCCUAAGGAACUUGGACAGCUGACUGAUUUACGUUCAUUAGCUUUUGGGACAAACAACUUCUCUGGUUCUCUGCCGUCUGAGAUUGGGAAUUUGGUGAAGUUAGAGCAACUUUACUUUGAUAGCUCUGGGGUAAGUGGUGAGAUUCCUUCAACAUUUGCUAAUCUACAGAGCUUGACUACAGUGUGGGCGUCAGAUAAUGAACUCACAGGAAACAUACCCGAUUUCAUUGGGAAUUGGUCAAAGCUCACUGUCUUGAGGCUUCAGGGGAACUCUUUUGAAGGUGCCAUCCCCUCAUCAUUUUCCAAUUUAACCUCUUUGACCGAUUUGAUGGUAAGUGAUAUAUCUAAUGCAAGCUCUUCUUCACUGGAAUUUAUAAAGGAUAUGAAGUUGCUAAGCACCUUAGUACUAAGGAAUAAUAAUAUCUCUGAUUCCAUUCCAUCAAAUAUUGGAGAAUAUGGAAGUUUGACUCAGCUGGAUUUGAGUUUCAACAAUCUAAGUGGACAACUUCCAGAAUCACUCUUCAAUUUGAGUCAACUCUCUCUCUUGUUCCUUGGAAAUAAUCAGUUAACUGGUACUCUACCUUCACUGAAAAGUACAUCUCUUCUCAAUAUUGACUUGUCAUACAAUGGACUAUCAGGGAGCUUUCCUUCUUGGGUUGAUGAAGAGAAUUUACAACUUAAUUUGGUUGCCAACAACUUCACACUAGACAGUUCAAACAGCAGUGUUCUUCCUUCAGGAUUGAACUGCCUUCAACAAAAUUUUCCUUGCAAUAAAGGUUCCGGAAUUUAUUACAACUUCGCAAUCAAGUGUGGUGGUCCUCAGAUUACUUCUUCUGAUCAGAUUGUGUUUGAGAGGGACAAUGAAACUCUUGGUCCAGCUACAUACUAUGUGACUGACACAAACAGGUGGGCAGUUAGUAAUGUUGGAUUGUUUUCUGGAAGCAACAAUCCUCAGUACACAAGCAGGUCUUCAUCUCAAUUCACAAAUACUUUAGACUCAGAGCUGUUCCAAACAGCAAGGAUCUCUGCUGGAUCGCUAAGAUACUAUGGUUUAGGCCUUGAGAAUGGAAACUAUAAUUUGACCCUCCAAUUUGCCGAGACAGCAAUUGUUAAUUCAAAUUCUUGGAAGAGUCUUGGAAGGCGUGUCUUCGAUAUUUAUAUCCAGGGAGAUUUGGUUUUAAAAGAUUUUGACAUAAGAAAGGAGGCAGGAGGGGUCUCUUUCCAAGCUGUUAAGAAAGAAUUCACGGCUCAAGUAUUGGAAAAUUACAUUGAAAUCCAUCUCUUUUGGGCUGGAAAAAGGACUUGCUGUGUACCUGCUCAAGGGACAUAUGGACCUUCUAUUUCAGCAAUCAGUGCUACCCCAAAUUUUGAGCCUACUGUGCCUAACACUGCUCCAAAUGGGAAGAAGAAUUGGACUGGUUUGAUAGUGGGAAUUGCUGUUGCCCUUGGACUUGUGUGCUUUCUAGCUGUUUUCUCUGUUUAUUAUUUCGUUCUAAGAAGAAAAAAGCCAUAUGAAAACCAAGACGAAGAGCUCCUAGGUAUGGAUGCUAGGCCAUACACUUUCAGUUAUGCUGAACUAAAAAAUGCCACUGGAGACUUCAGUCCUUCUAAUAAGCUUGGAGAGGGUGGAUUUGGACCUGUCUAUAAGGGGACACUUUCUGAUGGAAGAGUUGUUGCUGUAAAGCAACUAUCUGUAUCAUCACACCAAGGAAAGAAUCAGUUUGUAACAGAGAUUGCAACCAUAUCAGCUGUGCAACAUCGUAACCUUGUGAAAUUGUAUGGGUGCUGCAUUGAAGGAGUAAACCGAUCACUUGUCUAUGAGUAUCUUGAAAACAAGAGCCUUGAUCAAGCACUAUUUGGAGAGGGAAAUUUGGACCUUGUUUGGCCAACCCGUUAUGAUAUAUGCUUGGGUGUAGCCAGGGGUCUAGCCUAUCUUCAUGAGGAAUCGCGACUUCGCAUUGUACACAGAGAUGUGAAGGCCAGCAAUAUUCUGCUUGACUAUUAUCUCAACCCUAAGAUUUCAGAUUUUGGUUUGGCCAAACUGUAUGAUGACACGAAGACUCACAUAAGCACCCGUGUUGCAGGCACAAUUGGGUAUCUUGCACCGGAGUAUGCCAUGCGUGGUCACCUCACAGAAAAGGCCGAUGUGUUUGGUUUUGGUGUUGUAGCUCUAGAGAUUGUCAGUGGAAGGCCAAAUUCUGAUACAAGCUUGGAAGAAGAAAAGACUUAUCUUCUUGAAUGGGCUUGGCAGCUACAUGAAACCAACCGUGAAAUUGAACUGGUAGACUCAAGAUUAUCAGAAUUCAGUGAAGAAGAAGCAAGAAGAAUGAUAGGAGUCGCUCUUCUGUGCACUCAGACAUCACCGACACUACGCCCACCAAUGUCCCGUGUGGUGGCAAUGCUUUCAGGAGAUAUUGAAGUGUCCAGAGUUACAACAAAGCCCGGAUACUUAACAGAUUGGAAGUUCAAUGAUGUAUCCAGCUUUAUGAGUGAAAAUAGCGAUUUGAAUUCACCAAGUAUCAGCAUGGAAGUUGAUAGAGACUCUUCUCCAUUAACUGUCAAUAAAACUGAACUCCAUGAGAUUAUUGGAGAGGGCAGGUGAAGAAUAGUGUUUCUUUUCUGCUUUAGUGUGAUUUUUGCUGUUUCACACAACUCCUGAUUCGCAAAACUCUGAUAAAUUCUCUGGUUUCUUAUCAUGUAUGUGUGUUUAGUUACAAGUAUGUAUAGGUUGUCUCUUAAGUCAGAUCUUUAUAUUUUCAUACAUUUAGGAUUGAAUGUUUUUGUGUGAACUUUAGUUGAAGUUGUGGGUUUUGUUUUGCUCAUCAAUCAUGUAAUGAAGUGGUCCAUGCAGUGGCCAAAUGCACCUUAUAUCCAGUUUAUAGGAGUCAUGAAGGUGAACUUUUUCCUGUGGCUUCUUGAGUUGCUAUCAA